CUCGCCUGCCGGAAUUUUCAGACCAAAAAAAGUGAAAGAUUUUGACUUUUUUAUCUGUCGCAACCAAGAACAAAACUUUCGGAGAAGAAAAUCGUUGAAUCAAUAGGAUAUGGCAACGAGCGGGCUAAUGGCGUCUUCAAGUGUGUUUCUUCAUCGCCCAGGAAACUCGCGUCUCGCAUUUGCUUCUAGAACGAAUCAGACGGUAGGAAAAGACCGAGUUAGUUUCCUCAACAUGGGGACACGUCGUCUUCCGGUGGUGUUAUCAAUGACGGCGACGGCGGAUUCCGGCGAGGAGGCCGGGAAGUCCGUUUUUCCUGGAAGUGGCAUAUCCAUCAUGGUGAAUGGAUGCAGUGGCAAAAUGGGGAAAGCUGUAAUCAAAGCAGCAGACGCUGCAGGAGUAAAUAUACUUCCCACAUCGUUUGGAUCUGCAGCUGAGGCUGGCCAGAAAGUCGAGGUCUGUGGAAAGGAGAUUACUGUUCACGGUCCUACUGAAAGAGAAAAAGUUCUUUCUUCAGUGUUUGAGAAGCACCCGGAGCUAAUUGUUGUCGAUUACACAAUCCCCUCUGCAGUAAAUGAUAAUGCGGAGCUGUAUAGCAAAGUAGGUGUCCCUUUCGUCAUGGGAACAACUGGUGGAGACAGGAACAAAUUGUAUGAAACUGUUGAAGAUGCAAAGAUUUAUGCUGUGAUUUCCCCACAGAUGGGUAAACAAGUUGUUGCCUUUCUUGCAGCCAUGGAGAUCAUGGCUGAGCAGUUUCCGGGAGCCUUUUCUGGUUAUUCCUUGGAGGUGAUGGAGUCUCAUCAAGCUAGCAAAUUGGACGCAUCCGGAACAGCAAAAGCUGUUAUUUCUUGCUUCCAGGAACUUGGUGUUUCUUACGACAUGGAUCAGAUACAAUUGAUUCGGGAUCCAAAACAGCAAGUCGAGAUGGUGGGUGUUCCGGAAGAACACGUCUCUGGCCAUGCUUUCCAUCUUUAUCACUUGACAUCACCCGAUGAAACUGUCUCCUUCGAGUUCCAGCACAAUGUCUGUGGCCGAUCAAUAUAUGCUGAGGGUACUAUAGAUGCCGUGCUUUUCCUUGCCAAAAAGAUUCGAUUGAAAGCAGGCCAGCGAAUCUACAACAUGAUCGAUGUUUUGAGAGAGGGAAACAUGCGUUGAGCUUCCUGGUUUGUCGGUGCGUUGACCAAACCGUGGUCCUAGAAGAGUUGAGAUAGAUUGACCAAAUCAUCAGCUAUGAACAUUCGAUGUUUGUUUCUCGCUGCUUGUGUCUUUAGGACUGGCUUGUGAAACUACCAGGGUUGUUUACAAUUGCAACUGGUGUUUUGUAGGCUCUCCUUUGGUAUAUACAUGAACUUA